GAAAGGGGCCAGUAUUAAUUAAAGCCAAAAAUUUCACUGAAUUCAUUUCCGUGAAAUCUUAAAUUAUUUUUUUAAAUUAAAAGUUUUUAGUACAGAGAUGAUUUUAAAAAAUUUUACCUAAAAAUUAUAUGUGUUCUAAAAUUCAUUAUAUUUUAAAUACAGAUUUUAUUAAAGAGAAUUUUUGUGUUUAAUUUUUAUACAAGUUGUUGACAUGUGAAGCUUGAUGGUUUGUGAUCGUUACGAAUGUGGCUCGAUGUAUUACGACGAAAAAAGUUUUUAAUGUUCUGUGAAUAAUAAUUGAAAUUUGUACGGGAGAUGGAAAUCACUAGAGUAAUUACUUCUAGGAUUUGAAAUUGUAAUGUUAUUUCCAAGUUCCUUUUUCAGAACAUUUUAAGAUAAUGGUGAAAUAGAACUUUGAACAUCAAGAAUGGUCGUGUUUACGUCGGUGUGAAUAGGCUAUGGCUUAUUCGGUGGGUCUAGUCGAAAUUUUAUUAUGGUUAGAAGGAGGUUACUAAAUGAAAGCAGUUACUCAUUUAUAUAAUUUGCUGGUUUAAUUGUUUCUUCGCAAGACUUUGCAAACUGCAGUAAAACACGAUUACCAACGGCGGGUGUUUGUUUAUAAACAGUAACGCAUUUAAUGUUGAUAAGAGUAACGAUUGACAUUUUACUGCAGUUUUCAGUUCUGUUAUGUAAACAGGGGAAAAGAGAUAACAUUCCCCAUUAAAAAGGUUUCAAAAACUUUAUUUUUGAAUAAAUACAGUAUAACCUGAUAUGGUGUCGAAAUGCCCUAGACUCUCAGACUAUUGUGUUGUAGGUGAAGACUUGAGGAAUACAAAUACAUGCGUUCGAGUGGCAUUUGAGAUUGGUCAUGAAGCACUAAGACGUACAAAGAAAACACCAGACGGUUUUACCCAUGACUGGGAGAUCUUCGUCAGAGGUGCUGACAAUACAGAGAUCCACCACUUUGUUGAGAAGGUAGUGUUCUACCUGCACACGACUUUCCCCAAGCCAAAACGAGCCAUCAAGGAGCCCCCGUAUUCCGUUAAAGAAUCAGGCUAUGCGGGGUUCAUCAUUCCCAUCGAAAUAUACUUCAAGAACAAGGAUGAACCCAAGAAAGUGAGGUUUGAGUAUGACCUGGAUCUGCAGCCAAGCGGUCCUCCGGUGAAGAAUGUGCUUCGAGAGACGUUCAUCUUUCCGAACCCGCCAGAGGAUCUGAGGAGACGGCUCAUCAAGGGUGGAGGGGUGGGUGUUGUAGGAUCUGAUCCUGGAGUUCAGCUGGUGCCAACAGAAAAGGCAGUUGUUGUGGAGGACGGUUCAUCUAAAAAUUUGGCCCCCCCACUGAUAGGAAAGCCUAAGUUAGGGGGGGCUGACACUCCAAAGAAGCACAAAGUCAAGGAACACAAGAUUGAAGAGCCACGUGUUAGUAGUUCAUUUGCAGAACUCUUUGGCCCACCAAUUCAGAAGACUACCAAAGUUUCACCAGAUCCAAAAAAGUCAUCUUCUACAUCACCUCAGAUAUUAAACAAACUUCCGGAUAAGGACAAACAAUCUGGAAAAUCUUCUCGCCCUAAAGACAAAGAUGGUGAACGUUCAAGCAGCUCGAAAGAUCGUCCCCGGGACCACGAGAAGAGCAAGGAGAAAUCAUUGUCUUCUGCAUCCAAACAUUCAUCUCCACCUUCCAAGCCCACACCCCUUCCACCUCAGCCACAUGUAAAACCAGACAAGGACGAGAGUAGAAAGCCUUCGCAUGAGGACGGUAGCAAGGAAUUAAAGUCUUCGAGUGUGGAAACCAGCAGGGGUGAGAAGAAAAAGAAAGACAAAAGAAACAAAGAUGAAAAAGCAGCAAAGAAAGAGAGACAUAAAGACAGAGAACAUGGUGAAAAAAAACAUUUAACUGAAAAAGUUGAUAAACAGGAUAAAACAGAUAAAAUUGAAAAAAAUGACAAGCAUGAGAAAACUAGCACUGAAAAUGAUAGAUUCAGAAAAUCUGAGAAAAUCGAGAAAAACAGUAUCAAAGAAACUAAGGAAAAAGAAAACAGUUCUAAUGAGAAAUCAGUAAAAGAUGCUGCUAAGAUUUCUGAGAAACCCAGGGGGAGAGAGAAAGAAAAGGAAAAAGAAAAGGAUAGAGAAAAGGACAGAGAUAAAGACAAGGAAAAGGAAAAAGAGAAGGAGAAAGAAAAACAUUCUAGAGGAGAUAGAGACAAGGAAAAAGACAAAGAGAAACAAAGGCACAAACACAAAAAAAAGGAUAAAAAAGAUAAGAAAGAUGAUAGCACGGGGUUUAAAGACCGUGAGAAGGAUAGAGAAAAAUUGGCUAAAAAAGAUGAUGUGAAUUAUAAAAAUGAAAAUAAAGACCACGAAAAAAAUGGCGUUGGUUUUGAAUCACCUGCUAGCAUCACAGAGAUUCCAAACAGAAAAAAGUCUAGAAGUCCAUCUCCCAUCAUACCCUCAACAGUUCCUAGAGAGAAGCCUCCUCAAAGACCUCUGAAGAAACUACUGGACCAGUUACCAGAACAUUCUAGUAGCGAUUCAGAAUUGACGGCUCCUUCACCAGAUGAGGUCGCAGAUGGGAAGUCUCCUCCGAGCGCGGUUAAGCCGGAGAACAGCGUGGGGACGAUGAGCAAGCCGUCAGGCACCCACAAGAGUGGCUCACCGGGUGCCAGCAAUCAGAAGGAUAAGUCGAGCUCCAAAAAAGAGAAGAAAGAGCGGAAAUACAAGGAACAAGGGGAAAAGGCGGAGAAGAACGAUGCAAACAAGAAGAGGAAAAGGAAAAGCAGCACGAAGGCAAAGUUGGAUGAGAGCGAGCCAGUGGCGAAGACGCCAAGGGUGGAAGAGGCGAAGCAGGAUGAGGAGAUGGCCAAAGCACCGGACGAGGAGGUGAUGGACGUGGACGAGAAGCCGGAAGCAGCUCGGGUGGAACAGAGCAAGUCGGAAGACGAGGACGACGGCAGCGGCAGUGUCAAGGAGGAGUUCGGGGCCCCGCCUGCCCCUGAGUGCUUCACUCCAGAUUACGUGUCUCAGCUGAAGGACUUGCAGCACAAAAUCAUGACCUUGGAGGACAACACUGAGCUUCAGAGGGUGGUGCAAGUUAUCGCUGAGACGGGCCAGUACGAGAUCACCAAGAAGACGUUUGACUUUGACCUGUGUGCUUUAGAUAGGCGGACGGUGAAGAGACUGCAAGAAUUCUUCACUGCUUCUUCGUGACAGUGUAGUUGAAUGACAUCGUGUUUGUGUACAUUAACAUAGCUUGUCUAUAUAUCGUGAGUGGCAAAGAAAAGAUUUUUCUGCAAUCAAAUGCACUGGAAUGUAUUUCCUUUUUGCAGAUCACUAAAAACAAGUAUUUUGCAUGAUGAUACAUUUAUUAGUAUUUUUUGAAUGGCUGUGGUUAAAUGUGCCGGCAAUUUGAAAUGCAGUUAUAUGACACAAAAACACUGCAAAAAUUGUCUAAUAGUUGAUUAGAUGUUCACUUCAUUCUAAAUUGUAUAGUUAUCUUUCUUGCCCUUAAAUGAACUAUUUGUAUGUAUGAGUGACAGUACUACAGAUGCAAAGUAGUUAAUACAAUUGUAUUACUGACAAAGUUAUUUAUUUAAAUAAUAAAUAUUGUAUAUACCUGCUAUAAAUUUGAAUAGUAAAAUUAUAAAAUAUAACUUUUUGACUAUACAUUAUGCAUGAAAUGGCUGAUGUUUUUGUUAUAUGUUGUUAAUUUGAAACAGCGCCAAAAUAUUUUUAAUAUUUUGUUCUCAGUUUAGCUGUACAAAAUAACUAACUUGGAGUAGUUUCGUAUGUUGUUAGUAUUUAUUGCAGAGUUAAAUUUCAGUUGAGUUAUAUUUAGACACAGAAAUUUUGCGGGUUCAAUGACCUACGGGCUAGACUCAAUGGUGGUGUUCUAUUUCAAGCCUCAUUCAUUUGUUCUUCGGCAGCUGUCCUUGGGAGAAAGUAGUCGUGUUUAGAAUGAUCUAAAUGUAAUUCAGCUGUUCUGCUGCUGUUGGUUUGUUAUUAAUAUGGAAUGCUGUAAGUUGUGUCGAAACAACAGUGGCCCAAUUGAAGAUGUUGCGAAAACAUACAACCGUUGAGAGUUUAACUUGUCGUAAAAUGAAUCAGCGAAAUUUUUGGAUACCUAGUUGUGUUGGUUAUUGUUUUAGAAAGUUGUUUAGAAUAUCUUGAAUUACAGUAGAACCCCGAUUAUCCGUGUUAAUGAAGGGGACGAGUGAGUCGGAUAAUCGAAAAUCGCGGUUAGCCGAGUCAUGCUUGCCUCAAAGGUCAUUAGCCCACAGACAGCCAUCUGUGGACAUUCGGAGAUUACAUAUAUACACAUGCUUUGUGUGCGUGUGCGUUGUUCACAUAGAAGCGGACUGCUUAGUGCUGGGCAGCAGUGGUUAUUAAGUCUUUCGUGUGCGGAGACGUGGGCACGCGAGUCGUUGUUGCACCGAGGUGUGUGACUAGCCGCCCGCCAGUCCGAGGGCCCAAGACAGCUGAUAGCUGCCAAGGUCACGCAUUCUUUUCAUCGCCCGUAAGCGACGCUGCCACACUUAGCUCAUUGCUCUGUUGUCAGUAACACCAUCGGGCUGGUUAUUGUUUUACAGAACGACUGCCUUCAAAAUUCUUUUCGAGAUAAGAUUUUUCAUACCAGUGCAUUGAGACUUGAUUUGAUGGUUUUGAAACGGUGUCUCUGUCUCGUAUAAUUCACGGUGUUUUUAUCCCCCUUUAUUUAUAUGAAUUUAAAAUGUUAGAUUUUUUAUUUUUAGCUUGCUGAACGUGGAAUUAGUGCAAAAACGGCCUAGACUUAGUGUUGCAGAUGGGUCGGAAAUCAUAUAACGACCACCUCUCUAUAACGACCCUAAUCUCGGGAACCGUGAGGGGUCGUUAUAUCUAUUCUCCGUUCACUCUUAGCUGAGUUUUGAAAUAAACAAACACCGUCGUAUCACUGUGCCGCGUCAGCAAGUGAUAGGCUGAAUAUAUCUUGCGUGCCAAGCACUAGUUGCAACACACACACUUCCGUACAGUCGGUGCUCAUAAAAUAACGGAGAAGUAAUAUAACAGGAAAAUGGUUCUUCUGUCAAACCUAGUUUUUUUAAAAAAAUUACGUCUGCUGUGAUAAAAUUACGCCACUUAAUGCUACACCCUCCGACAUUUUCUGUUGAAACCAUUCAAACAAACAAGUGUCCAAGCUGCUAAAUGUGGAUUCGUUCAUCGUCUUGCGUUUAUUUAAUCCACUUGAAGUGUCAACCUGUGAAGCAAACUGAAGGAUUUUUUCGCGAUUUUUUAUGAUGUCGCGCACUGUUGUGUUACCGACAUUAAACUCAGUCGCAAGUUUGCAAUCGUUUCUCCACUCUGAAAUCUUUCUAUAAUUUUUGUUUUGCUGUCGAUGGACAGUACCACUCGCUUUCUUUUCUGUUCAUUUGAUGACAUUAUGAAAUGUUGCGCUCAACACUUCCGCACAACACAACAGUAUAAUCCGUCGGAAUGCAGAUCACUGUUACAAUACAUAAAAUUAUCACCACCUUCACGCUUCAACAACGUACACUAAUGGAAUGGACUGUCUCCAUGCGCCGGGUAAUCUCUGUGGCACGGCGCCGUGCUGCGCGCAGGACUGUACAGUCCGGUCAUGCGGACGUGGAAUCGCGCACCAGUGUAUAAUCUAUUCAUGUAACAUGGAACACAAAAAUAUUAUGUACAUACGUAUGUAUGUACUAGUAUUUUUUUUUAAACUUUCUGUGUAUAUAAACAUAACUGAGUCAAAGCAUUUUGACCAACAUACAUUUUGCAAAGUAUUUUAACAUUUACAUACAUUUUGAAUCAUUGGUUAUAUGUAACUAAAAAAUUGGACUUGAUGGACAUAAAUUGCGGUUAAUCCGCGAAUCGGAUGAUCGAGUCGCGGAUAAUCGAGGUUCUACUGUACUUUUAUCCAAAUGUGUGAACUGAUGUAUGCACUAAAAGCACACUGAUGACAACUUUAACUGAGAUGAACUAUUAACGAAUUUAAAAAAAACCCAUGCUGCUGAAUGUACUGUUGAACUUGGAGGAUGAAAAGGUUUACUAUGUUAUGAAACUAAGUGAGUAUACACAUACACUAGAGAAUAAUACAGGUAGCUCCAAGAUUUAUGUGCGAAAACCUGGUAGUGUCCGGUUCAAUAUAUUAUAGAAGUUGUGUACACUAUUAACAUUGUAUUUGUUUGAAAUUUACUAUGUGAUAUUGUUAUAACAAACUAUCUUUCUUUUCUCAUAGGAAGACCUUUUUAAUUGUAAUUAAAUUUUGUGGUAAAAUUAAACAUCUAAUGCUUCAAAUUUUCUAAUAUAAAUAAAAUAUGUGUGCCACCAGAUAAUAAAAUACAUCAUUUAACUAUGUAUUUAUAAAAUAAUAUAAUAUUGUUUCUCUCUGCUAUUAGGUUAUUUGUCAAAUUCUCACCUGUGUUGGUAGCAUGAAGGUGUCUGGUAUAGGUAUUUUAUAUUUGAUGUGUAUAAGUUUUCUGAUAUAUCACUUUUAUAUUCUAAAGGAGCUGGUUUUUAUAUAGCUUUUAUCCACUCAUGCUGUCUAUGAUGGACUAGGUUAUGUUCUUGUGAAAACGUAAAUGGAAUUGUAGGUCGUUUGGCCAGAAUCAAACUGCCGUCUAGUAAGAAUUGAAUAGUUAAUACAUUUAACAGUCAGUGGCAAGCCAAACAGUACAAUGUGUUCUCGUGUAGACAUAAAAUACCCUGGCAUAAACCACACUAGAGUAAAACUUCUUUACAACAAGAUUGAAAGGACUGAAUUUUUGUGUGUUUGUUACAAAGGAUUGAAACGAAACAGGGAUAGUAAGUGUAUGGUAUCUGAUUUUCCACUAUUCAAGGACACAACACGUGAAAUUUUUAGUGUGACUCACAAAAUUGCAGUGUAUUUAAUCUUAUCAAUUGAGUUCUAAAAUAAAAUAAUUUAUAGAAGUAUUCCAUCCAUAAUAGAGAUGCAUCAAACUCUUAACAGUUAUUAAGUUGUGUCAAUCAACCAUCACAUAAUAUGCAGUGAAAAACAAUUUUCUUAAAAGAGUGAGUCACACUUAUAAUAAUAAUGUAUUUUUCUUGUUCAGUUUCCCUUUAAUUUAUUAACAAUCCUCUGUAUUUUUGAAAUAGUAUUGCAGUGUUCCAUUAAAUAUUUUAAUCAAUAUUUUGUUCAUUCAACAUAAUUAAUCAUAUUUUAGUAAAUUUUAGCCAUUUUAAAUAAAAAUUAUAUAAAUAUUCUGUCACUUUGUUUUAAAGGAAUUUACAUCUAAAAGAAAAGAAAAAAAUAUUCUUAUAUAUUGAGGUGUAAAUGUUUUAGAUACAGUUUUAACUGGGACUCAGUAAAAAGAGGUUUUUGUUAUAAAGGGGUUUUACUGUAGUUGUAGAUAUUUGGAAUACAACCAAAAUAUGGAUAUAGUCUGCGGAAAGUGCACUGUCAGUCCUCAUUUGUUCUGGAAAAAUCUGGCUUAAGCACAUUCUAAUAUGAGUGUAAGUCCCGAGAAGAGUACUUCACUUAGAAUCUAAAUCAUCCCUGAUAUUGGGGAACAAGAAAUUAUUUGGAUCAAAGCUAUGUUUUUCGUAGCUGGAAAGGUCAUGCUCCCACUGCAUUUGGGCAUAAAAUGCCCAAAGGUAUAUUCUCCAGACAGAUAUUCAGUAGAUAGAGACUAACGGCCUGAGGUACCUCGGUUGCCUUGAUUGCAUCAGCCAGAAGGAAUAUUGUGCUAUAGCACACUGCGGGUGGUGCUUGGAUCCUGCACAGAGUCCAUCUUGAGUAUAGUUGUUCCCAAGUGUUACAGGAAAUAAUGACCAGCUGAGGCCUGUAAAUUUUUUUUCCCCCAAAACAAUUUUGAACACAUUCUGUAGACUUCUGGUAAUCCGGCACAUCGGGACUGUGCAGGUGCCAGAUAACCGGAAAUGCUGAAUUGUCGGGUGGUAUCUCCAGCAAUCGCUAAACUCUGUAAAUAGGUGUGAGACAGCUAAUAUUUUUGGCAGUAACUUAAGCAUAAACAUUUCAACACAAAUACAGACCUAAACAAAAUUUUUAGUUUACAUUUUAAAUGCUCUUAUGUGCAUACAUAGAAGUUACAACUUAGUAAUGCAUUACAACCUACAAGCACGUUGAUCACUUCCUAGCAAUCCCGAAACAUGCUGAAUGCUCCCGACUAAUCCUGGUCCUCUCCAGGCGCUUACAAACUACCACUUAUAUGCGUACUGUAAAAGAAUUUUCGACCUCAGCUAAAAUUAUUGUUAAGUUUGCUUAGUUGGCUUGUCCAUAUGUUUCUGACUAGUACCGGACCAUCGGGUGUUCAGGACGUUGGAUGCCGAACAAUUGGAAGUCUACUAUAACAAAAUAUUAUUGAAUACAAAUAUCAAAUUUGAAUAGUAAGAGUGGGGAAAAAAUUUUAAAAACAAUUUUUAUUUUAGUUCAAUAGUAAUAUUUUAACAAUUACUAGUACUUGCAAUAAAUGUUUCACAUCAGUGGUUAUAGAUACUAAAAGACAACUACAAACUUAGAAUUCUUUUGAAUGUAUAUAUACAUAUAGUUUUGCAUUGAUCGAUGUGUAAGUUUUGGGAAUUUAAUUCAGUUCAAAUAAGUUAUUCAUUCUGAUUUUUUAAAUUUUGAAUAUGCAUACAGGUGUAAUGUUUUCUUGAAGUGUCAUGAACCAUUAGAAUCAUUCCCAGGAUUUGGUUUGACCUAUGCUGGAUCCUCAGUAACCCCAAGCUUGCAUAGCAACCCUAUAACAUACCUCUGACACCCCUUUAACCUUCAACCCCUCGAGUUACUACAGGUUAGUCUGCUUCAUGACAUAUGACUCUAGAUACUGUGUAUGCUGAUGGUACCAUACUGUGGGAACAGGUAUAUUCAGAACACCUCAUAGUACAAUACACUAUUGCAAGCCAGCAGAUUAUACUUUGUAAUCCAUGAAACUUUAACUGGUGACUGGAAAUAUUGAGGAGCCUUAUCUCAGGAAGUUGAUCCACCAUCUUGACACCUUCAUGCUCAGUAAUUCUUGACUUUGCAAUCUGGUUAACUCCGCCGUUCUAUUUCACUUAUCCACUUACUAAGUAAUGUUUUUUGAUGUUAAGAUAACAUGAGUUGCUUUUAUUGCUUUUAAUGAAGUAUAUAUUUUUCUUAAAUUGAGAAAUUAUAAGUAAUGUUGAAUCCACAAUAGAUUAGUAUUUAAGAAACUCCCAUUUUAAUGGUUCAUCAUUAGUUUUUAAAAUUGAUAAAUUUAAAUUGCAAUUUUCAGUAAUCAUUAUUAAAACCUAUCUAACAGAAUUAUAAGAAGUAAUUUGAAUUUCUCUCUUUCUGAAAUGAGGUAAAGUGACAGUUUAAAAUCCAAAACUUGUGUGAUACAACUGUCAGGUUAAAAAUUACUGCUGUCCACUGUUGUUUAGUGAGAGUAGUAUAGACGAAGGUGCACACCCUAACAUGCUCAACUAAAACACAGUAUAUUUUUACAUUUGUCAACAUCAAAAAAAAAAUUUUGUAGUUUAAAAUUGAAAAGAUUUUUGAAAGAAAAAUCUUGUAGCCUGUAGCAAGGCAGAUUUUUUAAUACUGUCAGUAAUUACAUUUUUUUAUUGGUUGUUUCAUUCUCAGUUAAAGCGUCAGAAAAGUCAUCAGUUUUUCUUCUCAUUUUUAUGACAAGAUUUUUACAUCAUUAUGUGAUACUUUACCAGUUAAAGUUGUGAAUGUAAUUAUUUUGUGAUUUUUGUAAUUCUGAGUUUAUAAUUUCAAGUUAUACAAUAUUUGUUAAUGAUAAUAGUUUAAAAGCACUUUUUGUGCCUAAUAAUGAAUGUUCUUUUAACUGGUUCUUCCACAGAAUUUUGGUUAUUGGUUAUUUAUUGUAUUAUGAAAAAAUAUUUUUCCUGUGUGUGACUUACAGCCAAUAAUUUCAUAAUUUUCAGAUGUAUGAACAAUAUGUGUUACGAUAAAUGAAACUAUUUUUUUAGUUUCACUUGCAGGUGAAGAAUUUAUAUAAAUAUGAAUGUGCUUCAGAGUAUUUUUUGUUAUCAACAGUGUCGGUAGAUUGAAAAUAGUUGGUUGAGAAGUUUUUUUUUUUUCCGCCAUAAAGUAGUGAUUAGAAAAUGAAGAAAGAUUUAAUUUUACUAGCAUGCAAUUUGUUUACCAGUAUUUUGCUUGUCGUGUUGUGAACUGCCUGUUAAGGUUGUUUGACAUAAACUCGGUAAAUACCUUGUGUGUGUUCAGAUUUCCUGGAAGCAUCUCUGAUACCACAGAAAUGGAGGACUAAGCUAGAUAUAGCAUAAGUAAUAUUUUGAUAUCAACAUGCUCAGUGUAGUUUUAUAUGAUCAUAACACAAUUUUAUUCUUUUGGAUCUAAAUUACUUGAAUAAAUUUUGCAAAAACUCACUCUUUUUUAUGGAGGAUGUCAGGCAUAAACUGUGACUUUAUUGAGCAAUCUCUUGCAAGUGUAUUAAUCUAGAAACCCCCCAUGCAUAAGUUAAUUGGAACUAUGGCAUCAUUGAACACAAUUUGAGGCAUUAGUAAUCAUUAAAUGAGUUAGAUCUAGAAACUCAUACUUCAGAGUAAUUCUAAAAUCAAAGGAACAUGCUGAGGAAUGAAAAAUCACAAAGCAUUUCACCAAAUAUUUUUUUUCAAGUUUAUAGAUUUAUUGAUGUAACUGACUUUUAGUAGAUACAGUCAAACCUCUCUGAAACGACCCCUCACGGUUCCCAGGAAUAGGGUCGUAAUAGAGGGGGGGUCGUAAUAGAUGUUUUCCGAAAUUUUCAGUUCAUUUCAAACCCCCCACCCCUUUUCACAAACCAAAGAAACCAGCCGUACAAUGGCAGGAUGCUGUCACUCACAAUGCUAGACGGCUUUGCUUUAAACCCACUUCAACCUUCAUGACAAGUCUGUCGCCCUACAGGCCACCUCUAAAGAAAAUAUGUCAAAAGACAGUUUAUUUUUACUGGUUAGUUUACAUGUACGUUUUCUGCUUGCCGUAGUUAAAUACACUAGAACCCCGAUGUCACGAACCGGAUUUAACGAAGCAGUGAUUUUACGAAUACAUUACGGGAACCGUCAAAAAAUUGAACAUUUUGACCAAAAUGUAAAAAUCAGAAGAAAAAAAAAUUAAAAAAAAAAAACAAAAUGAAAGAUUAUUAAAAUCUGUUAAUUUUAACACACAGCGUAUUUUUGUAUCGGCUUUAAUGCUUCCAAUAAUGUUUAUGUAAUAAUAACAAAAAAAUAAUGGGACAUUUCUUUUAAAAAUAUGGCAGCUGUAGGUUCUGCAACGCGAGUGGGUGCACACGAAGCUCGCCCGGCUGGCUGGCGGCAGCGGCUUCAUGACGCAUAAGCUCACCCCUCCCGCCCCUCUGUAGCAUUCUUCAAGGCUAGCUCAUCCCUCCCACACACAAAUCAUCCCUCCCACACACAAAUCAUCCCUCCCACACACAAACCAUUUAGUGUCCUCCCUUAUAACACCCCAACUUCGCUUCCUUUGAAAAACCUUCAGUGAGAAAAUGCUUAUUUGACCCUCCCUUCUCCCGUAAAAUUGGGCUAUUAUGAAUGGGGUACUAAAGCGGUGAGGGAGGGGUCAAAAUAUGUCACUUUUCACAUCAAGUUCGAGUUCAGUCAUCUCUGGCAAGGAAUUUACAAGCUUUCAAACCUAAAUAUAAAUGUAUUUUAAUAGCAAGGGUCCAAUGAAAAGGAAUAUACCGAAUAAAAUCAAGCUGCUGUCACCAAACAAAGCAUAAAAUGGCCCAAUGCGUGGUCGCUUCGUUAUUGCUCGUGCGAGAGGCGAGACGUGGAAUGUUAGAAGAAUGAUAAAUGCGGGGGAGACAGACGGCAGCCAGUGUGUUUCCUGUGUGGGGAAUAAGUGGCGUAGCCUUUUUUUUAUGCUGGGUAAAGCGACCUUUUUCUAUCAACCCACGGGAAAAGAUAAUUGCUUUAGCUGUCAAAAUAAACAUCGCUGCGGCAGUUAAAACAAGUCGAGGCGGGUGUGCAUCCAGUCGGUCGCUGUGUAUUGUCAACCGAUAGUAAUCAAAGUCAAGAAAAACCCAGCAGGUAGCUUUGCCUUAACUGCGUACCACACUAGACACUCGCAAAAAGCUAAACGUAAACACGUUUCCACAAAAACCUUUAUCUGCACCCUGCCGGCAAAGGGACGUGGAAUGGGGGUUGUUAAGCGCUGACAGCGGUCGUAAACACGUUGCCACAAAAACCUUUAUCUGCACCCUGCCGGCAAAGGGACGUGUAAUGGGGGUGGUCAAGCGCUGACAGAUAGGUAUGCGCUGCCGACGGCAGUACAGCACUCGGCAAGAGAAACGCAGUAACACACUACUCACCACAAGAAACUUAUUUUCUGUCCGAUUUUCUUCGGGAUUUUCGGCAAUUUUUUCACGGUUCCUCGAAAUCGGGUUGUAAUAGAGAGGUGGUCGCAAUAAAUGGGGUCGCAACAAAAAGGUUUUACUGUAGUGUGUGUGUUGGUCGAAGACAAGGCAUGACAAAUGCUAGCUGGAUCUGUCAGCAUCAUGCAGUCGUGGGCCAACACGUGUCAGUAUCAUCACCUGCUGGUUUUGUCCCGAGGCUCCUGCGAUGGCACCACUACCACUUGCAUCUCCUGCACAUGAAAUAAUCCUUGGGCUGAAAGAUUCUGGACGUGAGACAGUGUGGGGACAAGCUAGGACACAUACUUCCCACCUCACGGAUGGACUGUCUGUGGUGGCAGUGCCGUGCCAUCAGGAUAUCGCAGCCUGUCUGGGUGAAGUGUCUUUUGUAUCAGUCAUGUCAGAACCAUAACAUUUUUUUGAUAUAAUGGGAACAAUAAAUGUUGUUAAAGUGAUGGUUGCUAAUUUCGAACAAUAAGGAUGCGUCAACUUCUCUCCUUACAAAGUUUAGUGACCAUGCACCAUGGCCUUUUGUGUGUUGAGUUAAGAUUGUUACAGUCCAAGUUGGCCCUGGAACACAAUCCGGAAUAGUAACAAAUUACAAUUAAAACACUUGAAAAAUUUUAGUUUGUGAGUUACAUCUUUAAUUUCAUUUUCUUUAGCGGACUGCCGCGGCCGCCCAUUGUGACAAUCGCGCGACAACCCAAAAACAGACAAUUGACGACUGAAAAUUUUUUCUUGUGAGUUGCCGACGACACGUCCUCACGUCGUGACGAUAGAGCAACAACUGGUUGGCACCACCCAGUUACCUUCCUUUUACAGAGACAAAACAAAGGGAGGCAACUGCACCAACUGAUCAAUCACAAAACAGAACAUUUCUCUCCAAGUCUGGAAAGACACAUCACACCACCUCAAGGCUCGCCCUGAUUGGCUGGUGAGACUGUGCCCAGCAAAAGUUCCAGUUUAAUGCUGCGCAGUUGUGCCUUCACGUACUGGGUUUUUCCAACGACACACUAACUUGAGGCGUGAAAAAUGACUUUCCGGCGACAAUGUGUCGCACUCGUAUCUUCCUUUCUUUCAAAACCUUCUAGAAUGUUCUCGAAAGUUCCAUACAGUCUUUCUACUCAGAAUAUGCCUUAAAAUAUUGAUAAAACAUAAUUAAUACUCCUGUUAAUUGUAAAUUAUAAAUUAUACAAACAAUAAUAAAACAUUACAUUUAGCUUUAUACGAAAUAUAACACAAAUUAAUAAUAUUCACUAUCAAAACACAAAUGAAAUACUUGCAAUACUUAUGAAUAGUAAAAGAAACAUUAAUAAUAAUAAUAAUUAUAAAAAUAUUCGAUAAACCAUUAACAUAAAACAUUCUUAGCUAUAUUGUUACUAAUAGUAGUGGGCAGGAAAUCUGCAAUGUUACAAGAUUAUGUGGAAAAAUGAUUUGAAAUUACACUUUUCUAUUUCACAAUCCAUAUUUUAAAUAUAUAUAAAAGGGAGAGUUUGUCUGUCUAUAGUUUGCACAGUGUGGAGGUAGUGAGACGUAAAUCCGUGAAAUUUGGUACAUAGAUUCUCUAGAGUGGGUCUGUUUGCACGUCAGAGAUAAAUUAAUUUUAUUUUUUUGUUUGAAUUAUUAUUAUUUUUUUUGUUGUGAUUUUUGACCAAUUUUUCUCUAUAAUCUCCAUAGCCAUGUCUAUUAAAUUGUUGAUGAUGCUUUCUUCUCCUGGCAACAGCUAUUGCAUUUUUAAUACUAUAUAUAGUAUUGGUUGAAUAAAUGCAAACUUGAAGACCCUGAAAAACUGUUCAAUCCAAGAUGGUGUCUUUGGUUUAUAUUUCUUCCGGUUAUCUUAGUUCUAACAAAUUUUUUUUCAUAAGUUGAUUUUCAUAAUUCAAUUUAUUUUUUUCUAUUUGUUUGAGGUGUGGCAAUGGCAUACCAACGAGGAGGGCAUGUGUGAGAGUGUUCUGCCUGUAGACUGCUGUACUGAAGCAUAGGUGAAUCAUUUAGUUUUUAAUAAAAAAAUGAUUUUAUCAACAUAUCCAUAGUCUAAUUUGAAACAUAUCUAAUUAUUUCUUAAGAUUUCAUUAAAUUCUACUAGCAUUCUUAAUUACAACUAACUUAUAACUUUUUAUGCUUAUAAUGAUAUAUUUUCAAGGAAAGAAUAAAAACUCAAAUUAGCACUGAUAUCCUCACUUCAACAUGGCAGGUGUCUCCUUGCCACUGCUGUAUUUGGUUGCAGCUUGCCCAGCAUGGUGGCAUCCUCAGUCCGCCUACCAGUUAUCGUGAGAAGCAAGUUAACUAAUGAGGUCAGUCAAAUUUAACGUUUGACAAAACAUUUACAUAUUUUCUUAAACUGUAAUGUUCCGAUAAUACAGGCAAGAACCUAUAUAGUAAAUUAUUAGUACCCACUGAGACGUUUUCAUGCUGACACUGACACAAAUUUAUUUCGUGAAAUUCUGUGACAAUCGCUUCCAUGCAUGAGAUUCACAUAGAUGUAUGUUUAAACAGGUAUCAACCAUUUUCUUGUUGUAAAUUGUUAUUAAUUCGUAAUAAAAGUAUUUUUUAAACACAAAACAUUUAUGUGCACCAUAUGGUACAGACUUUAUUCAGCAAGAAUUUGUUAGCGGUUUUCAACAAACUGUAAUCUUACAACAUACUAUGCUCUAAUUUAUUGAAACAAGCAAAAAUUUUCAUUUCCACAACAUGCAUGCAUAUUUAUAUUGACGUACUAGAGGAGAAAGCUUGAGUCCCGCCAAGAAAGUGUCACUUCGUGAUGUCAAACUGGUCACAAAGUUUUGUAAGCAAAUUUAUAAAUGGAGAAAUUUCUGACAUUUUCAACAAACGUUUUUGUUUUUCUGUCUGUCCAAUACGUUUAUUUUAUCUAGCCCUAAUCGUAAAUACUGAUAAUGUUUUUAAUAAAAUACGCAACACAUGCAUGUCCUAAUUCUUGCCAUAACAUAAAGCAUCAUGAUAAUUGCCCUCAAUAUUUAGAUAUUUGAUGGAUAAAUAAUGCAGUUGUAAAUUUUUAAGAAGCUUAUUUGUCAUAUUAAAAAUGAUUGUUAAAGACGAGUUUAUUUGCAUUUAAAGCAAUACUUACCAGAAAGAAAGAGAACUACCAGUACACGCUCGAGACAAGUUCAGUGGAGAGAAUGAGCUAGCACUGGGACUCCCUUGACAGUCAAGCGCAGCUGCAGUGACACCAUAGAUCCGGCCAAAAUUCCGUGGCACAUCCAGCCAACACUUAUUGUGUGCUCCAUGCACCUAAUGCCUUGAGAGUGAUGUGGUGUAGAAUGAAAUACUGCCUGCUUAUUGAGAUACUGCAGUAUUCUGUCAUGCCACGUACCACAGCAUAAUCUGGCCAAAGGAACUCUGAAAAGAAGAAUAAUAAAAGAAUGCAUAUCUAGUGUAAAGAGGUAAUGAGAUAUUGGAUUUUUUUUUUAUCAAAAAAAUGUGAAAACUUUUCUUUAUCAAACUGUGAAGGCUUGUGAUGCACUUUCAUCCCCCAAGGGAAAACACACAUCACACAGCAAUAUAAUUGAAAAUUUGGUCAGCUUUUCUUUAAUUUUUUUUAAAUAUGUGAUGAAAAAUCAAGAAUCCGCUGUGUUAGGGCAAUUGCGGGUAAGCAAAUAAUUGUAACCUAUUCUUUUUACAUUUUUAUAAAGCCUUCAUUGUGUAUUGUAGCAACGACAAGACUGCAUUUUAUUACAGAAUGUAUUUAAGUUACAUGGUGUUUAAACAUAUAAUUAGCUUUAGAGGUUCUCUGAAACAGGCUAUUGUACUAAAUGUUUAUCCCUUUUGCAACAACAUGCCAUUUAUCAUGAAGAAUAUGGCAAUAGCCAGUCUUUAAAACUGUUAGCUGUAGCUAAAACAUUACCAUUUCACUUAUAAUGCCACCACUAUUUUAAAUGAAAAUGUAAGGUAUACGGAAACUAGAAGGACCUAUUUAUGCUGCCGGAAGUACAACAGUGUUAGACACUCUGUGGUUUGCCUGCCCUCCAUUCCCCUCCUGUAAGGAAUAGUUGUGGUUGUUUAGUAUCAUCAGGCAGCAUCAUUCAGAGAUGUCAAGAUACAUUGUCUUGCUGUGCUGCUGGGAUGAGAGGUAGUGGCCAACAAAACAACAGUAUUGGAGAGAUGAUGCUUAUCAGUUCCUCAUAAACUGAAGCAGGGCACAGAUACCUUAAGGUAUCUGCUCAGCCAGGAGUGUAUUUGUGUCGGUGAUGCGAGAUAAGUAUGAUGCUUGGUGGUGUCGCCUUUAAGUACAAGGCUCUGAACUGUCAAGUAAUCCUACGGUCUUGCAUAGGACAACUUUAAGAUUUGAUGGUGGGCAUAACAUCAUAUGGCGUAUAAAUGUAGAUAAAAGGGUAAUGUAAGUCCCUCAAGUGUUUCGAGAUUUGCUACCAGAAGUUUAAUAAGUAAAUAUUCUAAAAACACCAGUUUUUAGCCAUUUUCACUCACCAAAACAAAGUUUAAAAACAAUAUCUGGAAACAGAACUACUAUCUGACAUUAACAUUUUCUUUGGUAGCUGUUUGCAGGCAGACACCAGUGUUAUAUGUUGAGCAGUUUUUAAAUCACGUGAGUUCUAAGCUCUGAUUGUGUGUCCAGAUAGCAGGAUCCUUAAAGGCAUCCUGAUCUCAUAAUGAUCACGUGUGUCUGCAUGAUGCCCCUGCAGUGUUGGUUCUUCACAUAAUUAUGUACCUACUUAAUAAAACAUCAGCUGUGCAACAUUGUGAUACAGAGUCUACCGAACAUGUUUUCUUGGCAAUAUCUCUCAUUCACUGGAUAUAGUACUGGUAUUAAUCUUGGGAUGUGAAAUCCCUACAAAAAAUUUCUUUAUUUAAUUUAUUGUAUCAGAAAGCUGUCUUGAAGUUUAUUUAAUGAAAAUGUUAGUGCAUAGUCUGUUGUUUAAUUAUUAGUUUUGUUUUAUGUAAUGCUAACUUACAGGUGUCUGUGUAAGUUUUCAAACAAUUUCAAGUGGAAGUGCCAGGUAUUUUGGCAUAAAUUGUGAGCAGUAUAGUGAUUGCAGAUUUAGUACAAAUAGCAGCUUUUUAUUUUUGAGGUAGAUAUUUUUAGAUCUGUUGAUUGAUUUUAAUCUUUUAAUCAUGCACUUAUGAACUGAAUCUAUUUACUAUUGCAGACUGAAAUUUUGAAAUACUUAUAAGUUUUUGUUCUUUAUGGAUUGGUAUUGUUAAUUUUUUAAUUGAAAUAAUAUUUAAUAUGUGUGCUUGAGUGUGAGUUGUAAAAAGUCUUAACUAAAAAGUUUAUUUUAAGAUUGUAAAUUGUUGGUGUUUUUUUUUGAUAUUGUGAUCUUGAUAUGGAACAAAAGGAUUUGUAGACAUGUGAUUUUAAGUUUAUAAAGUAAUUAUUUAAGUAAUGAUAAACUAGAACCAUCAUUAGUAUUUAUUUUAUGAUUUUACCACUGAAAUUUAAGAAGUUAUCUUCCAAGUUUUUUAAAAGACAUAUGUUACUCAGUAAAAGUUAAAGAACCUUAAAUUAUUCUCAUUAUGUGAAAUAAUGUUUUUACUGUAAAUGGUUUAUCAGAAGAUAUUCAUAACAUGGUGAUUUUCACUUUAUUUUCAGUAUUUUUAGCACCUGACAUAAUCUGUGUUACGUUAUUCUGUAGUAGCCAGAAAAUUCCUCACCUCUGCAUAGAAUAAGCUUUGUUUUUGACUGAAUUCUUGUCUAGACUCUAGAGACAGGUUCUUUGUGUGCAACUUACAACUACCCAGGUCUCACUCACCUUGUUUUAAUAUCAUAUGUACUCAAGGACAUUGGUAUAAUCAAGGCUUUCCCUUAUUGCCAGUUGCACAAUUCUGAUAAACACAUAUAGUAUUUAAAAGCUGUUGUAAAACAAAACAGUCUGAAAUAUAAAUAUGUUUUGCUAAGAAAAAGCCUGUAUUGUAAUAAAAUGAAAAUCCUUAUUAAAUCUUUAAACUAAAAUAACUAGCAUUUGAAAGACACGUGGAGAGUAUUUGUUACGCAAAAAAAAUUUUUUUACAUGUUGUAUAUAUGAUCUGAAUUUAGUUAUCAUUUUCUAAUUUACAUUGAGUUCAUACAAAUGACGACCUCGAAUCUACACAUGUCAUCUACAUAUCUACAUAUGUCCAAAAUUUGUAUGAACUCAAUGUAAAUUAGAAAAUGAUAACUAAAUUCAGAUCAAAUUCCCAAUGAUCUUCGCUCUGUGCUGAAAACACAAUGGUGCAACAGGAAAUUUAGUCGAGCCAUGAUCAAACCAGUUAGUGAAACGAGAUCAUACCAGAACUUUAAUGAUGCAACUGGCAAUAUGUCAAGGAAACGUUGGGUAUUAUCCUCAGAUUAUUAAUUAAUGUGUUAACUAUUACAAAUUCUCUUAAUAUUAAGUAUGUAGAAAUCAUAACAUCACUAAUCACUGAUUUUAGCACCUGCUGGUAAAUUCAGAAGCUGGUCACCCCACAGUUAGACCUAACAUCCUACCAACCCAACUCAAGUGUUUAAUCACUGUUUGGAAUGUCCUAGUCUGUUGUCAGCAUGAUUGAUGCUGUUUGUGUUUAUGUUGGUAACAGAAGUCACUAAAAAAUGUUUACAAAAAAUUCUGCUAGAAACUUUUUAUUCAAUUGAAUAUUACGGCUUAUGUAAAAAUAACACAAUAAAUUUGUGUACUGUUUGUCUGUUUAAAGUAUUUUUCAUGCAAUUUUGUAAAGCACCUGUGACAGUUUAAUAUUUAUUGGUAGAACUAAUACCACACUUAACAUUUUAAAGACCAUUUCAAAUAAUAAUGAAUCAAUUCUGAAAAUGAUAAACUAAUUUCACAAACCCGAAACUUGAAAAAUCUGCUUCAUGUUAUUCCUAACAUACAUACUUUUAUAAAUCAGUUCUUGCAUGAUUUCUUAAAAGAAAUUCUGAAUUGACUGUGAAUGUGUGGGAAUUAAAAUAAACACUAACUUUUGUGGAAACAAAUUUACAGUAAAUGCUCUUUAAUGCGUCACUUCCAAUACUAUAGCUAUGUCGGAUUAGCGAUUUGGCCAGAUUAUGGAACUUCAAUUUAUUUUUAACAGCAAUACGAAAGAAAAUUUAAGUUCAGUGAUAUUUAUAUAUUUAUAAUUUAUUAAUUAUUAUAUUUAUAAUAAUAAAUACAUAAUAUUAAAUAAUCUUCUAUAUGACAAAAAAAUUACACGAGUCAAAUUCUGUGAUAUCAUGUAUCCAUAAUUCGGAUCUCAAUAAACAUCCGAAUCCACCCACAAAAUAUCUAAACACGAGCUACUUGAGUGAUACCAAAUUGCAGAAUGUGCCGAAGUGUGUUGGAUUAAAGUACACCAAUUGAAUUAUCACUGAGGUAUGAACAUCGUCAUCACCAUCUUGCAAGACAAACUGUAACUACUCAGUACGCAAUACGCCGUUAUAUAGCAGCUCUUUAUGUGCUUCACAGAUUGCCUAAAUAGGAAUUAUCAUUUAAUAUUAAAUAUUAAAAUAAAAUUAAUUAACUUAGAUGCUUUAUAAUAUUGCAUGUUAUUUUCUAAAUUCUUUCAAAGUGUCUAGCAUUCAUCCUGCGGCAAUUGUGUGCUUUGAAUUCUCACAUGUACAUGUAGGCCCUUAUAUCUACAAGUAUUCUAGACUCGACAACGGACAUUCCACAAAGUACCAUCUACUCAUAGUCUGUUGGGUUUAUUUGUUACCAUCCUUCAUGUUAUACAUAUAACUCCUAAAAAUUAUAAACAAGUUUUAAAUUAAAAAAUAAAAUCAAAACAUUAAGUAUUUAUACAAGAUUAAUUUUAUGAAUAUAAUUUUGAGAACUAUUUUUUGUACUUACUGUCUAACAACGUAACCAGCAAUAUACAUAAUCUGUCAUGUAAAUACAUUUUAAAUGGCAGGUUGUAUUUUUUUAUAUCAAUCAAAACAAUGGGGGGGAAAAAAUUCAAAGGUAGCUCAAUACAAAAGUAAAUAUAAAACAUGCAGUAUUACAAUCAAAUAAUGUUGACUAAAUAAGAGUUAAAAUUGUGAACAAUACAACACACCAUAAUACCAUUUAAAAUUAUAAUUAUUAAUUCAGUUUUGAAUAUUAUUUUGUUAAGAAAUGAGAAUUUAGAGUCAACCAUAAACUGACCCUUUCAUUAGCUGUUGAUGAUUUUUCGAACCAGGUAAGGAAAUUGUGUGAUUAGACUCAACUUACAUUAGGAUUUUACUUAUGUUUUUAAAAAGAUUAUUGUGCAGGUAAUUUGCAGGCUGCUUCUGUAUUUUUAGAACCAUGGUUGGACGGGAGGGUAGGCUGACAGGAUUCUGCCCCUAGUGGUUGCCCGGACUACCACCAGGGCCAUCGCGAGAAACUAGGGUCCAGGGGCAAAUUAUUUGGUUAUUAACUACAACUUCUCAAACCCUACAAUUUAAUAACAAUUUUUUUUUUACUGUAAACAUUACUGUGUCCAUAACUGCAAAUGUGACCUGCACGUAUUGCGUAACUUGUAAGAUUUCCAAUGAAUUCUUUUAUCAAUAGACUUGAAAUUUUCUAUUAGAAAAAAUCUUGAAACCAACCGGGCUUCCUCCCCCUUCGCCUUCCUCUCUACUUAUAAAAACAGUGACGAGUGCAUGUGUCAUUGUUUCAAGCCGUUAAUGUCAGAAUUUUGUGUACGUACUUGUUUAGUGGGAGCUUAAUUGGUUUACUGAUCUUUGAUACACAUACCUGAACAGGAAGGUCUCUGGUAAUCUAUUGAAAAUAUUAUCUAGCUCUUGUCUAGGUGAUUUAAAUCUCAGUAGCUGCUAACUGAAAUGCAAUGUCAUACAUAAUAUUUUCGUUAAAAUGUUGUUUUAGCUUUGGUUUUUUUGUUAUUUGCUUUUUUGCUUUAAACUUGGGAAAAGUAAUGCUCACUGUAAUUGUAAGGAGUCUAAGGCCAGGAGAAAACAAUACACAAUUCUAGAGGCUCCUUCAGUUCUCUUUUAACAAUUUGAAAAUUUGAAUUUUAACUGAAUUAUAAUAACAUAAUAAAUGUUUUUGAUGGCAGUUACAAAAAAAAUUACACAUGAAUUUAAAGUCUACCAUCAAGAUUAACUAAACUUACUUACUGUACACAAGUGCCAAUGUGGUAAAUUCUAGUUUCAAUAUAUGUAAUAGAUUUCAUGAAUACAUGUUUGAAUUUUUGGGAUACUGUCACAACAUGAAAACUUAUUGUUUGUAUUAUUUAUUACAUGUAAGGAUACUCAAAUGUUACAUGUAAUAUUUAGGAAUGUCAAAUUGAUAUGAUAAAAUUGUAAAUAACCUUUUUGUGAAAUAUGGCUCAUGCGGUGUGGCCCCUAUACUCUGCCCCCUAAAACACUGCCCUGGCGGUGCUCGCCGAACAGUCUUCACGUGGUUCUGAAGCCCGACAUGUCGUGGCUUGUGGGACGGUCAAGAGCGCGCGACAGCCUCUGCCGCUGUGCGUCAAAGAAAGCCCCAGCUUGCGUGAUGCGGCACAGGAGCCAAGGUGAGCAGGUUUUGCUAGAGCAGAAGGCUUGUGGCCCUCUGGGUGUCUGCCUGGCUGUCACCUAAUCCUAGCAUUUCCUGGAGAGCAGCUUGACUAGCUGUCUUCAAAAGAAUUCUUUGAGAAAAUAAUGGCAGCCAGUUUAAUGAACUGAGGUGGAGACAGAGAUACUGUUAACUACCUCUUAAAAAGCAGUUCAUUUGAUCUUAAAGAAGUUUGCAAUUUCUAGGAGUUUUUUUUAUUGGGAGAAAAAAGAUAAACUUGGCUCUAAAAACUACAGACUAAAGUCAGUCCCGAAAUAAGACAUGAAGUAAGUGGCCUUCACUAAAGUUGCUUGUCUAUUGGUCUUUGGGCAUCAUGUGGCUUAGAGUCUAUUGACUAUUACUAUUAAUAAUUGAACAUAUGUGGUCUCAGACAACUCCCCAUAUGGAAGCAAUUUGUUGUUACAAAAAUUUGACUACAAUAGUGAAAGCAGCAGACUUGUUCUAUUUAAGAAAGCCUAAGGUAUGGGAUAUGUCCAGAUCAAAAGCCAAAAUAUUUUAUAAAAUCUAAUGACAGUAUUCUGGAUUGCAGUUUGUGACUUGCCUAGUGGAUAGUGAUUGAUUGCAACUAUCAGUACCUUUAACAGAGCUAGCUGACUUCCAUUAAUGUAACAUAUACAAGUAAUGAACUUGAAACCUAACAUGAUAUGGAAAAAAGGUCCUCAUAAAUUACCAAUGCCAUCCUUGGGUUGUCAUUUUGUGUGUUUAAUUAGUGAGCCAUAGAAAACAUUAUAGGUCAUGCUGAAUUGCAUCAAAAGUUACUUGCAAUAUUUUUUUUUGCAUAUUUGGCAUUGUGUGUUGACAUGACAUGACCCGAACCGCAUGAUUUUUCGUGUGUGAACUAUCAACAAUGCAUACUCAAAAACAGCCAAAAAUAUAUUCAAAAACUUUUUUUUUUAUUUGAAAAGGAUGCCAUUGUAAGCAACAACUAAUACAGUAUUGCUAUAUGCAAGAGAGCAAUGGAAGUGUAUAGCACAUGAGGAAGGAACUUCACAUUAGUAAGCAACAGCUUUUGCAAUACUGCUACAUGCUAUAGGGGGUUGGAAGCAUAUAGGAGAAGGAAUGGCAGAUGAGUGAGCAACAACUUGUACAGUAUUGCUAUGAGGAAGAAACUUCACAUGAGUAAGCAACAACUUGUGCAAUAUUGCUAUUUGCUAGAGGGAAAUGGAAGCGUAUAGGUGAAGGAACUGCAGAUGAGUAAGCAACAACUUGUGCAAUAUUGCUAACGAAGGAAGCAUUUCGGGGAAGGAAAUGGACAUAAGUAACUAACAUCUUUUGCAGUACUGUGAUAUGCUAUAGGGUGAUAGAAGCAUGUAGGAGAAGAAACGGUAGAUGAGUGAACAACAACUUGUACAGUAUUGCUAUGAGGAAGGAACUUCACAUGAGUAAGCAACAACUUGUGCAAUAUUGCUAUAUGCUAGAGGGCUAUAUGCUAGGUGAAGGAACUGCACAUGAGUAAGCAACAACUUGUGCGAUAUUGCUAUACCCUAUAGAGCGAUGGGAGCCAGCCGGGGAAGGAACUGCAGAUGAGCGAACAACAACUUUUAAAGUAUUACUACUUGUUAAAGGGUGAUAAAGCAUAUUGGGAAGGACUGCAGAUGAGUGAGAAACAGCUUGUGAAGUAUUGCUAUAUGUUAAAGGGUGAUAAAGCAUAUUGGGAAGGACUGCACAUGAGUGAGCAACAGCUUGUACAGUAUUGCUAUAUGCUAGAGGGAAGGAAAUACGGUAGAGUGACACGUAUGUCUGCAGCAGUCGUGUAGCUUGUUGAAAGUGAAAGUCGUGAGGCUGGAACUGUUUCUUGUUGUGAAGAGCUUCCUUGGAGGACCCGAUGGCAAUGGCCUGAGCCUGAGGUGGGGAGAGGUGGGGAGUAGUGCUAGUUGCAAUGCUAGAAAUGUCUCAACCAACAAGCGAGGCUGUGAAAGGCUGGCCCGAAAGUUUGUUUAAAAGCAUUGAACUAUCAAAAUUCUGAGAAUAUUAUACGUUUUAAGUUUAUGCAGUUUACAAAAAUAUUAUUUUUAGUUGUGAUUUGCAUUCGCAGAGACAUAACACUUAAUUUUUCAUAAAAUUAAAAAAAAAUUAAACUAUCAACAUAUCAAAAAAAGUGCAGGAAAUAGUGUUGAUGACAAAAAGAACUUGAAUACUAAACAUUUUUCUACUGAAGUCAUAUCUUAUAGUUGAAAACUUUCUUGCAUCAGUAUUUUUCUAUAAUACUAAUAGUUAAUAGAACAUUUAAAUAAAAAUCCAAAUAUUUAAAUGGUUCUGGGUACUAAUUUUAAGAAUAGUUGUUGAAAAGCUACAUUACUUUAUUUCAUGACAGUGCUAUGAAACUAAUUUAUUUUGUUCCAUUUUCAAUCCCACAUUAACAUAGAGUAUAAUUGUUUACAACUUUAGGAACAUCCAGAGAUAUGUAAUGGAAGCCAUACAAGCGCCAUCUUAUGUGUGUUUGAUAGAUUGAUAGAGAAGGCAAUGGGAUAAAAGCUGGUAGUACUGUAGUGAGUAUUUUCCACUGGGGCCCGCAUAGCAGUGUUAUGGGCUUUUUCAAUUAUGUUCAGGAAUCAUGGAAACAGUCUCUGUUUAUUUAAAAUUGAGUUUUUUUUUUUUUUUUUACUGUACAGUGUCAGACACACACACCUGUACUACAUAUCAAAAACUAAGCUAGCUGGUUCCGAUGUUAAAUUAACAUUCUUUGUGGUUGAUAUCUACAUGCAUUACUUCCACUACUGUUUUUGGGGCUCACUUGAGUACUGUAUAUUUUCAUACUGUUAGUACUGAGAUGCACCAUGUCUUAUGACACAAUCAUAAACUGCCUUAAAUGGUCUGGUCAAGUAAACUGCCUUAUUAAGUUAACUUUUCUCUUAUAUUGCCUUCUUCUCACCCAGCUAUCUGUACUGAUUCCUUUCAGACGUUUAGCUGUGCAAGUACGGUGCCAGUGAUUGCAUUUGGUCUUUGGACUGGUCUAUGUGGCAGCAUAUAUUUUUGAAAUGAAGUUCUAGCACAUUAAGUUAUUACUAUCUUGAGUUUGUUUUUCUAAGUGUUUUACUAAGUCAAGUAGACACUAAAAAAUAAGUUUGCUUGUCCUUGUAUGUUUAAGUUUAACGAAAUGUCUGUAAGAAGUAAAUUCCAACAUAUUCAAUAAGCUGAAAUGCUUUGUUACUAUUAUUGUAAAGUUAUCAAAAUAUUAUGUAAGUUUUCUUUACUGAAAAAAAAUGUAACUCCUAAUAAUGGUUCACAAUGUUAUUACCAUUAGUUGAUAAAAUUGGGAGGGUUUUAGUUCUACAUGUGAAAAAACAUAUUAAUUUUGUCCUCCAUGUUUGUUGUUGCUUGUAGAUAGCGAAUUUUGCAUGAUAACAGAACACUAUUAUUUUCUUAAGUUGCAUAGUAUAUCUUAUUAUGACUGUUUUUCUUUGGUCCCAGAAAUAUUUGAAAUGAUGGAUGUACUUAUGUCUUGAAUUGUUUGUAAAGAACAUGUGUGUUAAAAAAAGGUACAGUUUGUUAUGUAAUAGCAAUAUAAAUACAGUGAAUUUUAGCUUUCAUUGUGAAAUCACUUUGUUUUUCAUACUGUUAGUAGUGUCAGCUGAAUUGAGCAAGUCACAUAUUCGGAUCAGUAUUUUUUCUGAAUGUCCUUCAACAAAAAUUUAUAAUUAAUACCUAUAUCUUAAUAACAGCAUACAAAAUAAUUCAAGAUCAAAAAAGUAAAUUUGUCUGCAGCUACUGUUUGUUAUUUUGUGUGUCUUACUUUCUAAUUGAAAUGCAUUAGUAUGUUGGAAAUAAGUGGAUGUACGAGUGCAGAAAUUGUAAAUUACUAUAAACACAUCUACUUAGUACUCUGGGAUAUACUGUAGCUAUUUAGAAAUGUAACCUAUAACUGGUGAUGGCUUUUAGAUUAGGAGCACUUGUCUUAAUUCAAUCUUUUCACCAAAGACUAUUUUUUAUAAACAAAAUCAUGUUUGUGAAGUGUUGUAACUAGCAAUCGUACAAACUUUUAUCAGCAUUUGUGUUAGGACUACUAAGUUAAAUUAAUUAAAUUCACCAAAUUAUUGGCGACUGUUCAUUAAGUGGUAAUUGUAUGUGAUUGCUGUACAUUUCUGUGAACAAGUCCACAAAUAAAGUUUCCAACAAAUUGAGCGCAUCCCUCAGUUGUUUUAAAUUGAUGGAAACAACUGCUUUUGUACUUAUAUAACAUACAAUUACAAAUUGUACUGUAAGAAAGUCUGUUGUCUUGAACUUUUCAAAUGCAUACCAUUAUAUUAACAUACUAAUGUAUGUGCUAGAGAUAUCACUAUGUUUAAAAGAUGUGAAAACUGUAUCAUUUUGUUUUUUAUUUUAAUGUUAAUGCAGUAUGAUACAUAAUUUUAAGUUUCUGUCACUGUACCAAAAAUAAAGGUUGCAGUUUGUUAAAUCUUUUGAACCACACAUAUAAUGGCUUUGUUUUACAUUCUUGUUGCAUCGUAAAUUUCUGAUAUUAAUUUGUUUGUCCGCUACAUGUACCUUAGGCAGCAAUUUGGUUAGUUUUGAGAGUAGUGUGAUUGUGUUGUUAUUUUUCUGGAAAUAUUCUAAUGGUUUCUUCAUCUAAGCGCAUGUAUUUUAUGUAUUCUAGUUGAGGAAUGGAAAACAAACUGUGGACCAUGUGUGAUGUCAAGGGAGAUCUGUAGUGAUGUGGGAUGAUGAAUUAUUUCCGGAUGUGCAUAUGAUACUGAAAUAACAAAGUGGCAAUAGUAUUUGUUAUGCGAGUUAGAUUUUCUUAAUGCUGUUCAUAGUUAAAUGGAAUUUAAACUGUUAUAAUAAUUUAAUUUUUUUAACUUACACUGUAGGUAAGUUUUGUUAUAUUGUUGCUUAUGUAUUUUGAUGUUUACUAACGUUCAGUGUUGUUACAUCAGUGGUUGUUUCUUUAGUUUGCAGAUGUGAUGCAUUUGAGCCUCGGCUGCUUCAGUUAGUUGUGUUCACACUACUCAUUUGUAGAAUUCAGAAUUAAAUUAUUAUUAUUUUUA